AGAAAAUAAUUCCAGAAAAGUUCAGGUGUAAUCCGUCAUAGUCGUCUUUCAAGCAGAUGAUGCAUAAGUAAUAAUUCGCGCGGCAGCCGUACUUAUCUAGUCAAUCAUGGUUUGUUGGAAAGAGGUGAAGGACAGAAUCGGCUUGCUCAUCUUCCAGUAUGAAGUCUGCACUUCGAUUGCUGUGAUGGAUUUCAGGGAAAAGUGCAUCGUCCAUACCCUACUAGUUGCCUUGAUGAGCAUGAUCACGUAUUCUUGCUACGUCUACCUUCCAAGAUGUGCGUGGCGCGUCCUUAUUGUCUGUGGUCUUCUUACGCCGCCAGCGAAUGAAGAAAUCGAGAAGAUUUUCAAUCCCGGCAGUGACUUCCUAUUGGACUCUUGACACUCUUCGAAGUAAUCGCGGUGAAUGAGUUUUUUUGAGUAUUUGUCACUCGUGCUUGUGAGAGCAUUUGAUCUGUGUAAGUGAGCUACUUGCACUAGUUCAUUCAUUUUCUUCUCAUUUCCGUUGAUCAUCAGAUGUUCUUUCGAUGUAUCGCAGAUGUAAUUGUGAUUGCCCUACCGGGCUUCGUUGUGGUGUUCGUUGAGUUGAUUUUUGCCGAGUGAGCAUGCUUUUGAAGAAGAACAAAGAUUUCCGAAGAAGUGAUGAUGGAGUUGUCGGGAAGUAUAUUAAGAAAGAUGCACCCCGUGACGUACCAAGAAUUCUUGAAAAUGAUCGCCGAAUGCUUCCGUCAGUCAACCCGCUGCUGAAUGGACAGUUGCCAGUUACUCAUCUUGAGGGGCAAAAUGAGCUGAGGUGGUCUGUUAUUUCCAAUAUGUUUGAACGUGCGAAGUCAAUAUAUUUCUGGGAUUACAGGAAUGCGUACCAUCCGGAACAAGUUCGAAGUUUUAACAGUCCCCGACAAGGGCUCGUGUCGACGCCAUCCAGCCGAUUAAAAUUGUGUCCGUCUCCGACGUCGAUGGUGAUCUGUUCUGCUGCAGUUCAAAACGAUAACUUUUUGCGCUCCGAGUCGCAUUAUGAACUACAUCGUCGGUCCUCUCGAGACCGGAGUGGCAUCGCAGUUUCUAUGACGAACUUGGGCUGUCCGCGAGGCUUGGGUUCGACGCAAUCGCUUGCCGUGGCACGUCCACAACGUCGAUCAUCUCCAGAUGUUCAUCCUUGCCUGCUGAAUUCUCAGUCUCCCGUUUUGGCAUCUGUCGAACGCUUGAAUAAUUUGGUUGCUUCGGUGCCCGAUGAGCUCCCGUUGCCGCUUGGGUGGAGUGUGGAUUACACGCUUCGAGGAAGAAAGUAUUUCAUUGAUCACAAUACGAAAACCACUCAUUGGUCUCAUCCCUUGGCGAAAGAAGGUCUUCCCUCGUGUUGGGAACGAAUUUGCCAUCCUGAGUAUGGGAUCUACUAUGUUAACCAUGUUACAAAGCAAGCGCAAUUCGAGCAUCCAUUGGCGUAUCAGUACCCAAAUUUGAGGUUGGAACCUCGGCUGGUCGACACAGAAAGCAAAUUGCCGGUUCCUGUUGCUCCGAUCAAUUCCCAGCAGCUUCUCGUUCCUGCUAACCCGUAUCUCGUGCAGGAAAUUCCUCUGUGGCUCCGUGUAUACAUGAAGGCGUCGCCCGAGCACGAUCACAAGCUACGUUGGGAUUUAUUCAAGUUACCGGAAUUGGAGGCGUUUGAAGCAAUGAUGAGACGGAUUACCAUUCAAGAAACGGAAAUCAUCGUCAAGAACUACGAAGCUUAUCGGGCUGCGUUGAUCGCGGAAAUGGAGGCGAAGGUGUGGAGAAGGAAGCAGUUGGCGCUUCCAGACCCUCGUAUUGAGUUGAUAUUGAAGGAAGCCGUAGAAACCAAAGUUUGAAAAAUGGUUUCAGUCGUGCGUUUGCAUUCGGGCAUCUAGUGUCGCUUGUAACUGCUUUAAAGUAUUGUGAGCGUGGUUUUUUGCUUUUUUUGAGCUUCCAGGACGCCUUGCAGCUUCUGUGGUGACUGUGAUUUUAUUAAACCCUCCUUGUUUUACCUGCGGAUCUCGCGGCUGCAACCCGCGAAUAAAAAAGUGCAUCGUUGGAAUUUGA